GCCGAACCCAUGGCCCCAGCCCCGGAGCUAAGCAGAGCUCUCUCCGGGUUUGCCCCGGCCUUUAUUUACGCCCGCCCCACUGAGUCAUGUGGGGCCUCCAGGAAAAGGACCCGUUUGUUUCCCCCGCCUCCUCCCUCCCAAAAUGGCAGCCUCCAGUCGGACACAAGUGUUAGAUCUCUACCGGGUGAUGCUGAGAGAGAGCGCCAAGUUCGCCUCCUAUAAUUACAGAACUUAUGCCAUCAGAAGGAUAAGAGAAGCCUUCAGAGAAAAUAAAAAUGUAAAGGAUCCUGCACAAGUACAAAUUCUAGUGAAUAAAGCCAAAAGAAACCUAGAAGUAAUUCAGCGACAGAUCCACAUUAGUCAACUGUACUUAACUGACAAGCUUAUAAUUGAAAAUCAGAAGCCGAAAACCUAAUCAAGUUGGGAAGUUCUCUAGCAGCAGCCGUGGACCAGCAGCAGCAGACUGUGCCCAAGGAUAUCUCCCAGCAUGAUUUCUGUUGCCUUUUACAUCGCCUUUAAAAAGUCUUGUUCUCUGCCAGUAGAAACUGAAAAACUGAAAAAUGUUUCCAGUCUUUUGUUGCCUUAGUGGUAGAGUCUGAGAAUUCCUGUGGUUCAUGUGCUCAUCGGUAUAGCAAGAGCUCAAUCAAAGUAAUCUGUCAAAUUAUCUUUUUCAACUUCAUAUUCAAGUUCAUCACCCGUUGUAGAAAAUAUUUCGAAACUUUGUUUCUUGGCCUUUUUGACAAUAAAAAAAUGUAUGUAUGA